AAUUAGUCAACUUUGAUUUCAAGAGUUGGUUCUACCACUAGCAGUAAACAUCUACUUCAGUGAACACCUUUUUGUGAUUCCAAAGGUAUUUACUGUAGACAUACUUUACUGUACAAAUGGUGCAUAUGCAUAUUCUUUCAGAUUGUCUACUUGAACCAUCCAGGUUAAAAGAUCCAUAAACUGUGGAAUACAUCUGCAUUAGACACAGCAAAUACCCUAGUUAUGGAGCAACUUCCACUGAAGAAACAAUGCACUGAUGUAAUUUCUCAAAAUGGAGACCAAACUGACAACAUUUUAAAAAUUAAUGAGAACAUUGAUAUCAUUUCACAAAGCGAUGAUAAAAAUAACAGUUUUCCUCAAAAUGUUAAAAAUGAUCAAAAUGAAAAAGAUAUUGACUGUAUAUCCGAAAAUGAUCAAAAUGAAAAAGAUAUUGACUGUAUAUCUGAAAAUGAUCAAAAUGAAAAAGACGAAGGGUGUGUUUCCAAAAUGGAUAAAGAUAAAGACUAUACGUUAAGAAAUGGGGAUAAAUGGAGCUUUCCCCUAAAUGAUGAGGAUGGUGAUUGCGGGGAUGGAGAAAAUGAUAAAUAUGAUAAUGACAUUUCCAAAAGUAAUAAUCCAGGAAUCUCUGAAAGUAAACAAAUUGUUGUAUCACUCUGCCCACUGGAGAUACAAAACUGGAGGAGAUAUCACAGGAUAUCCUCAACAGGGAACGACACUACCAUUGCCACAUUUUCGUGUCCUGUAUUUAAGUGCAAGAACAUGCAUAAUCCAAAGGAAAAAUGCCUGAAUUGUAAAACGCAUUUUACAAAGAGAUCUUCAAUGUCAUUUAAUUCGAGGUUUCCAACAUGCACUAAAAGAUACAAGAACACUCAAUCCAACACAAGAUAUAAUAUGUUGACCUACAGAGAGGAAAAAAUGUUUCAAUGUAAGCUUUGCUCAAGCAAAUUUAAAACAUUUAAAUCAUUAAAGAAGCAUAAAAAAUGGGUGAAACAUGGUGAACUUAAAUGUGAAAUAUGUUUUAAAGUGUUUGUCAAGAAGUUUGAUUACACAGUACACAUGCGUGUCCACACUGGGGACAAAUGGGACGAGAGAGAAAAACCAUUCAACUGUAAUAUUUGUUCAAAGGGAUUCACUUCAAAGUCAUACCUUCUUUGGCACUUGAAAUCCCACACUGGACAACAAACUGAUGUUAAGUGUGACAUCUGUAUGAGAGAAUUCAAUUCAAAUUCAAAUCUUGUCAACCACAUGCGGAUCCACACAGGAGAAAGACCUUUUAAAUGUAAAAUAUGUUCUGCUGGAUUCACACAAACAUCUAAUCUUAAAAGGCAUAUAAAUACCCACUCGAGGGAAAGGACAUUCAAAUGUGAAAUAUGCUUAAAGAAAUUUAUUACAAGAGAUAGUUUGAAAACUCACUUACUCAUCCACAGGGAGGAAAGACCAUUCAAAUGUGACAUGUGCAGCCAAGCAUUUAAAUUCAGCAGUAAACUCCAACGUCACAAGAAGGUUCACACAGGUGAAAAACCAUUCAAAUGUGAAAUCUGUUCCAAAAGUUAUACUGAGAAAGCACAUUUGAUUAAUCAUUCUAGAAUUCACACUGGAGAGAAAGGAAAAUGUUUUAAAUGUGAAACCUGUUCUAAGACCUUUACUGAAAAAGGCAACUUGCAGAGGCAUAUCAGAAUCCAUACUGGUGAAAACCAAUUUAUAUGUAAAUUUUGCUCAAUGAGAUUAGCUGACAAAGUAAAUUUGACUGCACAUGAAAACCUCCACAAGGGAAUAAGACCCUACAAGUGUAAGUUAUGCCCUAUGUCAUAUCCAAAUCAUUCUGCUCUUGUAAGACACAUUCGUACUCAUAAUCCAGUAGCUCUAAAAUGUGACAUUUGUCAAAAGAACUUUAAAACAAAGUUUAGGAUAAUAGGACACAUGAAGCGAAUGCAUGGUGGGAAAUAACCAACUAGGUUAAAAGGGUCAACUUAUCCAUACCCUUACUUGGGCAUACCCAGGAAGGGGGGGGGGGGGCAUCCCCAUAUCCUGAUAUUCUCGAACUGUGUUAUUUAAAAGAUAAUAUGAGUUUGGAUGUCUCCUAUGUCAUAUAAGCUGAGAUAGCCACCUGGAGGAUAAACUGAUAUUACAUACUAGCACCACUGACUAGCACCACACCUAGGUAAUUGACAUCUGAAAGAAUGAAAGCUGAAAAGAAUACUGACAUUUACAGAUUCCCAUCUGUUUUGACUUUCAAUGACAUGUUAUUUGGUCACUAAAUCAACUAAAAAAUAAAUAAAUAAAAUAGGAUUUUCCAAGGAGGGGGGGAAGUGUAACCACAUCUGAAAAAUAAAAAUCAUGUCUUGCACUUUAGCUUCUCCACCUCUUUCCCAGAGCACAUUGCUCUUUCCUCCGAGUCUCCUCUUCCUCAGCACCAAGAAAAUCCAUGGGAAUAAGUAAAAUAGACUAACAAUGGGAGGGGUGGUUGUACCUAAUGCCCCC